UGUAUUCAAUAAUUACACUUAAAUUUAAUUGAUGUUUUCAGAUAUCAGAUGCUGAUUAUAUAAUAAGAAAUAUUCGAGUAUAUCCAGGCAGUGCUACUGAUUCGUUUAUAUGGCAGUUCAGUGACAUUCAACAAGAGGUUCAACAACUAAGAACUAACGCUGAUAUGAUUGAAAAUGAAGGACGAUAUUAUCUCCUGGGUGAUAAUGGCUACACACCUUCUCCAAUCUUACUAACUCCAAUAGUUGACGCACCAGAAGGAUCACUAGAAGCUGCUUAUACCCACGAGCACGUAUCAACAAGAUGUAAAGUUGAACAAUGUUUUGGAAUCUUGACUCGUGUUUGGCUCGUUAUUAGCACAGCACGAAAAUUGUUCUACUCUCCAGAGAAAGUUACCAGAAUAAUUAUUGCAUGUGCAAUUUUACACAAUUAUCGCAAACUAAAUGGGAUGUUAGAUUAUCUGCCACCAUUACAACCAGAGGACGAAAAUGUUCAAGUUCAUCAUCGAGGAAAUGAUGAUCAAGCUGGAUUACAAGAAAGAAAUAACAUCAUCAACUUGAUGUAUAAUUGAUAUCAUUUGAUUAAAGCCAUGAAAUAAUAUAACUUUGCAAACGAA